UGCUGCUGCUGGUUGAAGACAUAGAGAGACAGAAGGGGGCGGAGCUUGUGUGUGGUGUGAGUCCGCUGACAGAAAGCAGAGAUCAGAUCAGAGAGGAAGGAUGAAGGAAACAUGUCUGCUCUUUGGUGUGACUGUGAGUCCCAGCAGAUCUCAGUUCUUUGAAGGAGAAUCAGUGAUUCUGAACUGUGAGGACGACAGCUCUGCAGGAUGGACUCUGAGGAGAAACAUCUCAGGAGAAACCAGGACUCAGUGUGGAUCUGAGUGGGGAUCAGUAGAUGGCUUGUCCUGUAGGAUCAGGUACAUGUACGAAGAAGACAGUGGAGUUUACUGGUGUGAGUCCAGAGGGGGAGGAGCCAGCAGCAUGGUGGUUAACAUCAGUGUCUCUGGUGGAUCAGUGAUCCUGCAGAGUCCUGUCCUCCCUGUGAUGGAGGGUCAUGACUUCACUCUGAGCUGUCAAUCAAAGACCCCUCCCUCCAACCCCUCAGCUGCUUUCUAUAAAGAUGGCUCCCUCAUCAGGACUGAGCCUACAGGUCACAUGACCCUCCAGCAUGUUUCCAGGUCUGAUGAAGGUCUCUACAAGUGUCACAUCAGGGAUCAUGGAGAGUCUCCAUCCAGCUGGAUCUCUGUCUCAGAGAAACUAGCAACCACGUCUGCUCCCUCAAACACCACUAGUCCUACAUUCUCUACUCCUUCAUCUCCUCCUCUUCCUCUCUUUAAAUGGUUACCUGCUGUGAGUGUUGGUGUUCUGGUUCUGCUGGUUCUGGUUCUGCUGGUUGGACGACAUGUUCUCAGAAAGUCUGAAGCUGAUGGACCAACAGACGUUACAUACGCUGACAUCAACAUCUUACUCCGCCCCCAGCAGCCAAUCAGAUGCAGCACAGAUGGAGAUCCAGCUCCAGGUUCUACAGCCAGAACAGCAGAGGAGACGUUUGGACAGAAGACCGUCAGAGACCGAUCCGACAGGAAACACCUGACAGAGGUUCCAGGUCCAGACGUCAUUUACUCCUCCCUGAGGUAGUCCAGCAGCAGCUGCAGAGCUGCAGGAGCUGAGAGGACUCCCACCAUGAAGACCUACAGGAAACGCUCUCUGCUCUCUGCUGUGGUUUCUCUGUCACAAAUAAAGAUCAGGUGUUAAAAUCUUCUGUGGGUUUGAGUUUCUCAGGCUCAGAAAUGACUCAUGUUUCUGUCUUUGUGCUGUUGAGCAAACGAGCUCAGACCACAGAAACAGACAGUGUGGUUGGAAACUGCAGAGAGGCUGAAUGUUCGUUCUUCAUUUGUUCAUCAGACCAGCUUCAUGUGGUUAAACGCUCGUGCGUGAUUGGUAGAUGAAUAUUUGAUAUUUGAGAAGAAAACACAAACAUGAACAUUACACCAUGCAAUAGUAUUUGUGUGGACUUCAAUGUAUUUUUACAGACUACUGUGUAUUUGCUACACACAGACUCUGAACAGUUCAGGUUUGUUAUCAGUCUAACUGAUGACUCCUAUUUAAAUGUGAAGAGAUGCAGGAAGAACAGACGUCAGACUUUUGGGACUCCCAAUCAUCUAACCAGAUUUUCUGGGGGAGGAAGAACCAAUUUAUGGAACCAUGUUUGGUGUUCUUGGCUCUGUUGGGUUCUCCUGGAUUUGUGUUGAUUAUAUUUGUUUACAUUUCUUUUCACUGAAAGUCUUGUGUUUAUGUUUUAUUUUAUUUCCUUUUUAUUCUGGUCUGGACUCUGUUAAAGCGUUGUUGGUUCCUGGUUCCAUCAGAAGGUCUUUGCUCUCUUCUGUUGUUCUGCAGGCUCCUUCAUGUUGGUCCUGUUCUGUAAGAAGUCUCCUUUAUUGUUCUGUUCAUCUUAAGUUUUUAGAUUUUUAUCAAAUAAAAAUAAAGGUUUGCUUCUGUGGAA